GUUUAGAGCGCACUUCACUGUAGAGUCGCACCACAGAUCUCGCGCAGUCCGCGCUUGUGAAACAAACCAAAAACCCGGCUUCACUUAGGGACAAGGCUCGGCUUUACUCUUUUAGGACAGUACCACCAUGGAUGCGUUGCGAGUAGUCGCCUUGUGCACACUGUUUAUUUUCCUUCGGAGUUUACCGUGUUGUCAGUCAGCUGCGCUUAUAUCGUCGAGAAGGAGCAAGGGUGCCAGGAGCGCAUAUGAUGGACAAAGGUCACACAAAUUUCUUAAAGAGAUUUUCGCAUCCUCCGCGGGUACGAGUCGUAGGGACGAUUUUAAGGACCCAGUUGUGCCCCACGACUACAUGAUAUCGAUAUACCGGACUUAUUCCGCCGCUGAAAAACUUGGACUGAAUGCAAGUUUUUUCCGCUCUUCAAAGUCUGCAAAUACCAUAACGAGUUUUGUAGACAGAGGAAAAGACGAUCUCAUGCUCUCUCCUUUGCGAAGACAAACGUAUCUGUUUGAUGUCUCAACUCUCUCAGACAAAGAAGAGCUGGUCGGGGCAGAAUUAAGGAUAUUUCGAAAAGCGCCUGGGGAUUUCCUACCGUCCCAGUCAGGCGUCUACAACCUUCAUUUACUCUCAUGUCGAUCAGAGAGGCCGCUGGCUUCCAGAUCCCUUGAUCUCCAGGAUUCUCGAAUACCAGAAUGGGAGGCUCUGGACGUAUGGGCGAUUUUCAAGAACAGGCAUCAUUCAGCCCAAGGGAAUCAGCUUUGUCUCCAGCUCAAGGUAACGCAUGGCAAAUCUGACGCGGAAAUCGACUUGAAGCAACUGGGUUUCCACAGGCACGGUCGGACGCAGCAAGAAAAGGCGAUACUGGUGGUUUACACGCGAUCUAGGAAGAGGGAGAACUUGUUCAAUGAGAUGAAAGAGAAGAUCAAGUCUCGCGGCGAGGAGGAGGAGGACGAGAGCGCGCUGCAGUUUAAAGCGAGGCGCAGACGGAGAACGGCGCUCAGUACUCGCCACGGGAAAAGACAUGGCAAAAAGUCAAAAUCGAGAUGUAGCAAAAAAGCGUUGCACGUCAAUUUCAAAGAGCUGGGCUGGGACGACUGGAUCAUCGCUCCCCUAGAUUACGAAGCGUACCACUGCGAAGGCGUGUGCGAUUUCCCCUUGAGGUCGCACCUGGAGCCGACCAACCACGCCAUCAUCCAAACGCUCAUGAACUCCAUGGACCCCAACAGUACGCCACCGAGCUGUUGCGUUCCCACAAAACUCAGCCCCAUCAGUAUACUGUACAUAGACUCGGGAAACAACGUCGUGUAUAAACAGUACGAGGACAUGGUGGUAGAACAGUGUGGCUGUAGGUAGCGAAUCACACGCACAAAAACAACAACGUUUGGCACCACGGCUUGAAAACUUGAAAAGAGGCGAAGUGAACUCGAAUCUGUCCAGAACGAAAAGACGCAUUAGAGGCGCUUAACUUUUGCGCACUCUUAAGGGAUUCUAUCUCCAAAAUAACAGUAUUUUCUCAGUGUAACAAAGCCUCUUUCGUUCACACAUUAUAGGUUUCCUUUUUUAAUUACGUGUAAAAGCCAUUUCCAAAAAUUGAGACGUUUUAAGUAAUAUUCUUGUCAUAAAUCGUCUCUCAGAAGAAGCAGGCAGAGAAGAAAAGCCAGAUUUAGUGCGUAACCGUCUGGACAGGAUUCACUGGGGAUUAGGUUACACCAUUAUCUGUGUGGACUCGGAAGAAUGGUUAGACGGGCACCUGUUCAAACGAGAAGGCUCACUUACUCAUCUGUUAUAUGGUCUGUAGUUAUAUGGAUAAGAUGUGUUAUAUGGAUAAUGAUAUAUGGGAAAAACGCGGUGCCACUCGCCUCUGCAAUCGCCAGUGUCCUGGAAACGCUUCAUCACGACCCCAGGAUAUCCGUUGUCAUAUUCAGCUUUUGCGCAAAGGUGAAUGUACCAAACACUAUGCGGCAUGGAAAGCAUAGCGCAGAUGUGUUUCUCCAUCCUCAUGGAGAACGAGCUUUGCUUUCGAGGAGGAGGAUUUCGGACAAUAAACUUUGUUUUCAAGUGCCUGGAAAUGUGGUUGUAGGUCACGAAGCCUAGAAAAACACACAAAUGUUCUUUUUACUUUCACGUGGAAUCGACGAACAAAGAGACUCUCUUGAGAUGACAAAAAAUGUUAUUCCAUCAACGUUUGCAUAUUUACAAAAUGCACUUCCACAACAACGAACUGUCCAAGUAAUCUGGAAGGAGCGUUUUUCCCCGACCUAUAGACUUACAAGGAAAAAAGAGACUCGCGCGAGAUUAUAUUUAAAUGCACAUUAGCUUUGAAUGCACUGUUGUUCAUUUUUUUCUGAGCUGUAAAUAUUUGUAAAGUAAAACCUAAAAGUGCAACGUAUGAAGAAAUGAGAAAACAUUUCUUUGUUAAUGUACAUUUAUAAAUGCACUCAAAUCGCUAUAAUUUCUAUUCUAUAAUUAUUUUAUUAUUUGUGAUGUACAGAGUUUCAUGAUAAUCGUGUAUUUCUUACGCUGAUAAAACAAAAUUAAUUUAAAAUGUAUUCAUUAUUGCUGAGGGUGGAAAUACCAUUAUCGAUGUCUACCUCAUAAUUGCAUAGAAUCCGCGU